UUGAGCGUGCCGUUUAACGCGCAUCUCUGGUUUAUUUUAAUUGUGAUCUUUACAGAUAACGCGUGUAUGUACUCCUCAUCCGUGCUCUCGACACGGAUUAUUCUGUAACACUACAGUGAUAUUUUGAAGGGGAACUCAUCCGCUUUUCACACGCGCAUCCUGCUUUAUAUGGUAAAUCAUGUACACUCCGGCAGCCGAUACGGGAGUGACGGUGGUGGAGAAGGAUGCAGCUCUGAGCACUGCGUACUCACCUGUGGACUACAUGAGCAUCACCAGCUUCCCUAGACUACCAGAAGAUGAUGUUUCAGCCGACAACACUCUCAAAUCAUGCAGAGAUGAUGAUAAAUUCCUCAGUGAGCAGGACACAGACCCUGAUCUGUUCCUGAAGUCGGCCCGACUGCAGCGGCUGCCCUCCUCUGCCUCGGCCAGUCGGGACGUCUCUCCACUGAGAGAGACCAGCAGAGACCCGCUGGCACAGGAUUGUGCCUGCACACGUGACGGGCUGACCGUCAUCAUCACCGCCUGCCUGACCUUCGCCACGGGGGUCACCGUGGCCCUCAUAAUGCAGAUCUACUUUGGAGACCCGCAGGUGUAUAAUCAAGCCGCGGUGGUGACGGAUGUGGCCCGCUGCACGUCUCUGGGCUUUGACGUUUUGGGCAAACAGGGGUCCAGCGUUGAUGCCGCCAUAGCCGCUUCGCUCUGCCUGGGCAUCAUCCAUCCCCACACCUCGGGCAUCGGCGGUGGUGGCGUGAUGCUGGUCCAUGACAUCCGCAGGAAUGAGAGCCGGGUCGUUGACUUCCGCGAGACGGCACCCUCCGGGAUUCACCAGGACAUGAUGUUACAUGUUAAUCAAAGGUCAGGUCUGUUAGUGGCUGUUCCCGGCUUGAUCAGUGGACUACAUCAAGCUCAUCAGCUCUAUGGAAGAAUGGCCUGGAAAGAUGUCAUCAAUAUGGCCGCAGAUGUGGCAAGGAAUGGAUUCAAUGUGACGCAUGAGCUGGCUGAUGCGCUGUCUGAAGUGAAGGAGCAGAAUGUGUCGGAUGCAUUCAGAGAUCUGUUCCUGCCGAACGGUCAGGCUCCACUCGCGGGACUCUUCACUAAACGCCUGGAUUUAGCUGCCGUUCUGGACAGGAUUGCAGCCAAUGGAGUCUCAGAGUUCUACAGUGGGAAUCUGACUCAGGAAAUUACAUCAGAGGUUCAAGCUAAAGGAGGUGUGUUGACAGAGGACGACUUCAAAAACUACACCAGUGUCAUACAGAAGCCACUGCAAAGCCUUUACCAGGGCUACCAGGUGUUUGUUCCUCCUCCGCCCCACGCGGGAGCCGCCCUGCUGUCCGCUCUCAACAUCCUGGAGGGAUUUAACAUCACAAACCAGGUGUCCAGGAGCAACAUUUACCACUGGAUAGCUGAGUCUCUGAAGAUUGCUUUGUCUCAAGCCAGUGGACUGGGAGACUCCAUGUUCGAUUCAUCGGUUUCUGAGUUGGUGACGCAGAUGCUCAGUAAAGGCCAGGCUGCUGCGCUCUGGCAGAAAAUCAGUGAUUCACAGGCGUCUGCGGCCGAGCACUACACGCCGUCAUACGAGCUGCAGGAGGGUGCUGUGGCCAGCCAGCUCAUGAUCAUGGGCACCGAUGACUUGAUCGUGUCUGUUAUGAGCUCUCUAAACCGGCCGUUUGGAAGCCGCAUUGUGACACCCUCUGGGAUUCUCCUGAACAGUCAGAUGCUGGACUUCUCUUGGCCCAACAAAACCCACAGCGCUGCAGCUUACAAUCAGCGUAACAGCAUUGAGCCGGGCAAGAGGCCGGCCUCGUUCCUGAUGCCGAUCGCAGUGAGGCCGUCCAUCGGUCUGUGUGGCACAUACGUCGCACUGGGCUCCUCUAACGGCGAGCGGGCGCUGAGCGGCAUCACGCAGGUUUUGAUCAAUGUUUUGUCAUCACGUAAUAACAUGAGUGACAGCGUGUCCUACGGCAGACUGCAUCCUCUCAUCCAAAACAACACGCUGCUGGUGGACUAUUUCAGCGCGGUUGUCAUUGCUAUCAUUUAUCGUCCCCCAGGUCAACUGGGCAACUUCUUGGAGAAGUUGGAUGUGUUACUUUCAAACUUUCCUGAGGAUG